AUGAGCCUAGGGCUGGAGUGCUCAUUGGAAGCCCAGCUGACCCUGGAGAAGAUUAUCCAGACACUGGAGAGUAGAAUCCUGAGGCCUGGCCAGGAGAAAGGCCUGAGUGUGCAGGACCCGGCCCAGGACUCUGAGCCCACCAGCCUAUCCGCCUGCAUCCGGGAGAUUGUUACCCGAAACCUCUCCGAGCCUGAGAGCACAGCCCAGCUGGCGGUCACAGAGAUGGCUUCACUGUUGUCACUGCAAGAGGAGAAUCAGCUAUUGCAGAAGGAGCUGACCCGAGUGGAGGACCUGCUGGCCCAGAGCCGUGCUGAGCGCGACGAACUCGCUAUCAAGUUCAAUGCGGUCAGUGAGAGGCUGGAGCAGGCUGUUCGGCUGGAGUCUGGGGAGCUGGAGACGCUGGAGCCCAGAGGGCUGGUCCGCCAGAGCGUGGAGCUGCGGCGCCAGCUGCAAGAGGAGCAAGCCUCCUACCGACGCAAGCUGCAGGCCUAUCAGGAGGGCCAGCAGCGGCAGGCCCAGCUUGUGCAGCGGCUACAGGCCAAGAUCCUCCAGUACAAGAAGAAGUGCACAGAGAUGGAGCAGCAGCUGUUGGAGCAAUCCACGGAGCUGGAGCAGCAACGACUGAGGGACAGUGAGCACAGCCGGGACCUGGAGAGCACCCUCCUUAGGCUGGAGGAGGAGCAGCAGAGGAGCGCCAGCCUGGCCCAGGUGAAUGCUAUGCUCCGAGAACAACUGGACCAAGUGGGCUCCGCCAACCAGGCUCUGAGCGAGGACAUACGCAAGGUGACCAGUGACUGGACACGCAGCCGCCAGGAGCUGGAACAGCGAGAGGCAGCAUGGAGGCGUGAGGAGGAGUCCUUCAACACUUACUUCAGUAACGAGCACAGCCGCCUGCUCAUCCUCUGGAGGCAAGUUGUGGGGGUCCGACAGCUGGUCAGCAAGGUGAAGAUGUCCACUGAGAGGGACCUACUGCAGCUGGGAGGGGAGCUGGCCCGGACAUCGCGGGCCGUCCAGGAGGUGGGCCUGGGGCUGAGCGCUGGCCUGCGGUUGGCUGAGAGCCAGGCCGAGGCUGCCCUUGAGAAGCAGGUCUUGCUGGAGGAACAGCUGCAGGACAAGAUGCUCCGUGAGAAAGACCUGGCUGAGUUGCAGGUGCAGAACGACCUGGACAAGGCCGACCUUAGUGCCAGAGUGACAGAGUUGGCCCAGGUGGUGGAGAGCCUUCAGAACCAGAGUCUAGAGAAGGAUCAGGCCAACAAGGCCCUGACUGAGAAGCUGGAGGCACUGGAAUCUCUGAGGCUACAGGAGCAGGCGGCUCUAGAGGCAGAGGAUGGAGAGGGGCUACAGCAGACCCUAAGAGACUUGGCCCAGGCGGCCCUAUCAGACGCCGAGAGCGGUGUUCAGCUAAGCGGUUCCGAGCGCACAGCCGAUGCAUCGGACGGCAGCCUACGGGGACUCUCGGGUCUGCGGACCCCGUCCCCACAGCAGCGGUCCUCGCCAGGCCGCGGUCGUUCCCCACGCCGAGCCCCAUCGCCAGCCUGCUCUGACUCCUCCAUGCUCACUCUGAUCCAUUCAGCACUGCACAAGCGCCAGCUGCAGGUCCAGGACAUGCGCGGGCGCUACGAGGCUAGCCAGGACCUCCUGGGCACCCUGCGGAAACAGCUCAGUGACAGCGAGGGGGAGCGCCGGACCCUGGAAGAGCAACUGCAGCGUCUGCGGGAUAAGGCUGAUGGGGCCGCCCAGGCCCAUGAGGAUGCCCAGCGCGAGGCUCAGCGUCUGCGGAGCGCUAAUGACCUCCUGAGCAGGGAGAAUGACAGCCUGACUGACAGCCUGCGGAUAGCCCAGCAGCAGGCCGAGGAGCUGCGUCAGGAGCAGGAGAAGCUGCAGGCGGCCCAGGAGGAGCUUCGGCGCCAGCGAGACCGACUGGAAGAAGAACAAGAGGACACAGCGCAGGAUGGUGCACGGACACGCAGGGAGCUGGAGCGCAGCCACAGACAGCUGGAACAGAUGGAAGGGAAGCGCUCAGGGCUGGCCAAAGAGCUGGUGGAGGUGAGGGAGGCACUGAGCUGUGCCACACUGCAGCGAGAUGUGCUACAGGCAGAGAAAGCUGAGGUGGCUGAGGCACUGACCAAGGCUGAGGCUGGUCGUGUGGAGCUCGAACUCUCGGUGACCAAGCUGAGGGCGGAGGAGGCCUCUCUGCGGGAUUCCUUAUCUAAGCUGAGCGCCCUCAAUGAGAGUCUGGCUCAGGACAAGCUGGGACUAAACCACCUCGUCGCCCAGCUGGAGGAGGAAAAGGCAGCCUUGCUGGGGCGCCAGCGGCUGGCAGAGCAGGAGAGCACUUUGGCACGGGAGGAGCUAGAACAGCUGGAACAGCUGCGGAUGGAGCAGGAGGUGGAGCGGCAGGGCCUGGAGGGCUCCCUGCGGGUGGCGGAGCAGGCUCGGGAGGCCCUGGACCACCAGCUCCCCACACUACGCCAGGAGCGCAGCCGGCUGCAAGAGCAGCUGGCCCAGCUCUCUCGGCAGCUGAGCGGGCGAGAGCAGGAGCUGGAGCAGGCCCGGCGGGAAUGGCAGCGACAAGUGGAAGCACUUGAGCGAGUAGCCCGGGAGAAGGAGACACUGGCCAAGGAGCGGGCAGGCUUGGCGGUACAGCUGGCGGCUGCUGAGCGUGAAGGCCGUACCCUGUCUGAGGAGGCCACACGCCUGCGCCUGGAGAAGGAGGCUCUGGAGAGCAAUCUGUUUGAGGUGCGGCAGCAGCUUGCGCAGCUUGAUGCCCGCCGGGAGCAGCUGGAAACGGAUGCGCAGGCCCUGAUGUUGGCCAAGGAGGCCCUGACUGGGGAGCUGGCAGGCCUGCGGCAACAGAUCACAACAACAGAGGAGAAGGUGGCACUGGACAAGGAGCUGAUGACCCAGAGACUGGUGCAGGCUCAGCGGGAGGCACAAGUCUCUCUGAGGGAGCAGCGGGCAGCCCACGAGGAGGACCUAAAUCGGCUCCAGCAGGAGAAGGAGGAGGCAUGGCGGGAACUGGAGACCGAGCGGGCCCAGCUGCAGAGCCAGCUCCAGCGGGAGCGGGAGGAACUGCUGGCCCGGCUGGAAGCUGAGAAGGAAGAGCUGAGUGAGGAGAUCGCAGCCCUGCAGCAGGAGCGGGAUGAGGGCCUCCUCCUGGCAGAGAGUGAGAAGCAGCAGGCCCUGUCCCUGAAGGAGUCCGAGAAGACGGCACUGUCUGAGAAGCUGAUGGGUACACGCCACAGUCUAGCUACCGUCUCCCUGGAGAUGGAGCGGCAGAAGCGAGAUGCUCAGAGCCGGCAGGAGCAGGACCGAAGCACCAUGAACACCCUGACGUCCGAGCUGCACGACCUCCGGGCCCAGCUUGAGGAGGCUACCGCAGCCCAUGCCCUUGAGGUGAAGAGGCUGCAAGGACAGGCCCGAGACCUGGGCAAGCAGAGGGAGUCCUGCCUGCGUGAGGCAGAAGAGCUUCGGACCCAACUGCGCUUGAUGGAGGACGCCCGUGAUGGGUUACGGCGGGAGCUACUGGAAGCCCAGCGCAAGACCCGGGAGGGCCUGGAGGACUUGGAGGCCCAGCGGCAGGAGGUGGGCGAGCUGAGGCGAGGCCUGAGUGAGGGGGCUAAGGAGCGCGAGGCCCUGCGGCGCUCCAAUGAGGAACUGCGAACUGCUGUGAAGAAGGCUGAGAGUGAGCGGAUCAGCCUGAAGCUCGCCAACGAGGACAAGGAGCAGAAGCUGGCAUUGCUGGAGGAAGCCCGCGUAGCCAUGGGCAAGGAGGCUGGGGAGCUGCGGGCCGGGCUGCAGGAAGUGGAGCGCUCCCGGCUGGAGGCUCGGAGGGAGCUGCAGGAGCUCCGUAGACAGAUGAAGAUGCUGGACAGUGAAAAUGCCAGGCUGGGCCGGGAGCUGAUGGAGUUGCAGGGCCGCCUGGCGCUGGGCGAGCGCGCAGAGAAGGAGGGCCGGCGGGAGACACUGGGCCUCCGGCAGAGGCUGCUAAAAGGCGAGGCCAACCUGGAGGUGGUACGGCAAGAGCUCCAGGGAGCCCAGAGGAAGCUACAGGAUCAAGAGGGAGAAUUCCGGGUCCGUGAGCGAGGCCUGCUGGGCUCCCUGGAGGAAGCACACAGAGCCAAGAAGCAGCAGAUGGACCACACCCGCAGCCUGGAGUUGAAACUGGAGACAGGGCGGGCUGAAGCUGCAGAGCUGGGGCUGCGGCUGAGCGCAGCCGAAGGCCGGGCACAAGGCCUGGAAGCUGAGCUGGCCCGCGUGGAAGCGCAGAGGAGAGCGGCUGAGGCCCAGCUGGGAGGCUUGCGCUCAGCCCUGCGUCGCGGCCUGGGCCUCGGACGCUCCUCCAGCCCCGCCCCGCAGCCGUUGCCUGGCUCCCCAGUCCGAAGUGCUCCCGCUGGAGGAAGUGGAGAGGGGCUUAGCAGCCCCAGCUCCUUAGAAUGCAGCCCAGGGUCUAAGCCACCAUCCCCAGGACCUGCCAGCUCCCCAGCACCUCCAGACCUGGACCCAGAGGCGGUGCGAGGAGCACUCCGGGAAUUCCUGCAGGAGCUGCGGAGCACCCAGAGACAGAGGGAUGAGCUUCGGGCCCAGACAAGUACCUUGAGUCGCCAACUGGCCGAGGUGGAGGCCGAGAGGGACAGCUUGACCUCACGGACAAAGCAGUUGCAGAAGACUGUGGCUGACAGCGAGGAAGCCAGGCGCAGUGUGGAUGUGAGACUGAGUGGGGUCCACGUGGAGCUGUCGCUGAAGGAGGAGAGUGUGCGGCGCAGCGAGCGGGAGCGCAGGGCUGCCCUGGACCGGGUGGCUACCCUGGAGCGGAGCCUGCAGGCCAUUGAGGCUGAGCACCGGGCGAGUCAGGAGAAGAUGAGCAAGAUGAAGGCCAACGAGGUGAAGCUGGAGUGUGACAAGCGGCGUCUGAAGGAGGUUCUGGAUGCUUCUGAGAGCCGGACCGUCAAGCUUGAGCUGCAGCGGCGCUCGCUCGAGGGGGAGCUGCAGCGCAGUCGCUUGGGCCUGAGUGACCGCGAGUCCCAGGCCCAGGCCCUCCAGGAUCGGGUAGACUCCCUCCAAAGACAGGUGGCAGAGAGCGAGGUGAAGGCAGGGACCCUGCAGUUGACAGUGGAACGGCUGAGUGGUGCCCUGGCCAAGAUGGAGGAGAGUGAGGGGGUCCUGCGAAACAAGGUGCAGGGCCUGACCGAGACCCUGGCUCAGAACAGUGCCAGCCUCAACAGUACCCAGGACAAGAACCUACACCUGCAGAAGGCCCUGACGGCAUGUGAGCAUGACCGCCAAGUGCUCCAGGAACGGCUAGAGGCUGCACGACAGGCGUUAUCUGAGGCCCGGAAGCAGAGUAGCUCUCUCGGUGAGCAGGUGCAGAUGAUGCGAGGUGAACAGGCAGACCAGGAGCUGCAGCGAGCGGAGGCUGAAGGUCAGCUACAACAGCUGCAGGAGGCACUGCGACAGCGGCAGGAGGCCGAGAGCGUCGCCUUGCGCACAGUACAGAAACUGCAGGAUGAACGACACCUGCUGCAGGAACGCCUGGGUAGACUGCAACACGCGCUGGCCCAGCUAGAGGCCGAGAAGCGGGAGUCAGAGCGGUCAGCUCUGCGGCUAGAAAAGGACAGGACGGCCCUCAGGAGAAUACUGGACAAGGUGGAGAGGGAGAAACUUCGUAGUCACGAGGACACGGUACGGCUGAGUGCAGAGAAAGGGCAUCUGGACCGCACACUCACGGGGGCUGAGCUGGAGUUGGCUGAAGCCCAGCGGCAGAUCCAGCAGUUGGAGGCCCAGAUGGUGGUGAUGGAGAAGAACCCUGGCCCCGCCCAGCCGGAGGUGGACGAGCAGCAGCGGCUGGAACUACAGCAGGAGGUGGCACACUUGCGCAGCGCUCAGGUGCAGACGGAACGGACCCUGGAGGCACGGGAGUGGGCUCACCUCCAGAGGGUGCGUGGGCUGGAGGAGCAGGUGUCCACACUGAAGGGACAGUUGCAACAGGAACUUCGAAAGAGCUCAGCAUCCUUUUCCUCACCCUCUGUUCCCUUGGGAAAAUGA